AUGUUUUAUGGAGAUGAGGACAACCCCGACAAGGCGCCAGCUAUGUGGAGUUGUGGAGUGCGCUGUGUCCGGAUGCGGUGCUUCACCAGGUAAAAUAUAUUCCUCACAGAAUCUUUCUCUGCUGUUCAGGUCAUAGACCUACAGUAGCCUACCUACAUAUAGGCUAUAGGUCCAGGCUGUCAGUGAUUUGAGAUUGACCGUUACCAUUGACAUUGAGGAUGAAUAGUUUUUCUGUAGUCCGUUAUGGUAGCAAUUUAUAUUAUUAAAUGUGAAGAUCAAAAAUAAUAAUAGGUUGAGAUAGAUGGUGUAACAGUGUUGUUAUUGGUCUAUAUAUAUGAUGUUACAGUGUUGUUAUUGGUCAAUAUAGACGAUGUUACAGUGUUGUUAUUGGUCAAUAUAGAUGAUGUUACAGUGUUGUUAUUGGUCAAUAUAUGUUAUUGUAGCUAGGUCUACAUGGCAUUCAUGUUCUGAUUUCACAUUUUUAUAAUGAUUUUGGAAAUAGUUAUUGGAAACCUACCAUCACUGAUAUUAUUCCCUAUCUCAGAAAAUAUGCAAUACCACAGAAAGAGGAAGACAAAUAACAUGAACUAAUCUAAUCUAUACAAUCUAAUCUGUACAAAUAAGAAACUAUAGUAGCAUUGUUGAUUUGAACAUACAUCUCUGCCAGACUGUCAAUAUUAUCCCACAUAGGAAUGAUCAAACAGUGUCAGAAUGUGUGUGUGUAUAUGUGUGUGUGUGUGUGUGUGUGUGUGUGUGUGUGUGUGGUUUCCCAAUUAUGUUAUAAAAAAAUCAACCAGUAUACAUAUUCUGCAGCUCUCCAGGUGAAUGGAUCAGAGUAAUUGUAAUAUUGUUUCAGGACACAACUGAUAGUGUAAAUGGAAGUGUGUCAGAACAGGCACACAGUAAUGUGUUUACUUUAGAGUAAUGUACUCCAUACUAGUGUUAGGUAACAUCAUUUCUGAGAGAUCAGAAGACACACCCAAAAUAUUUUAUUCAUUCAGAGAACAAAAUGUGGAUUUUAAUAUUGAUGUAUAAAUCUUAUCAAUCAGACAUCCGAGAUGAGAUCUUGACUGUUCCUGUAAAGAUUAUGUAUGGUGUCUGUGUGUUCCUUAUAGUGUAGAGAGGAUGUAUGGCGUCUGUGUGUUCCUUGUACUGUAAAGGGGAUGUAUGGCGUCUGUGUGUUCCUUGUACUGUAAAGGGGAUGUAUGGCGUCUGUGUGUUCCUUGUACUGUAAAGGGGAUGUAUGGCGUCUGUGUGUUCCUUGUACUGUAAAGGGGAUGUAUGGCGUCUGUGUGUUCCUUGUACUGUAAAGGGGAUGUAUGGCGUCUGUGUGUUCCUUGUACUGUAAAGGGGAUGUAUGGUGUCUGUGUGUUCCUUAUACUUGUCUCAUCAGUAAAAUCUUAUCUCUCGGUCAUUCAAUUAGACUGGGCUAAAUCUAGACAGUAUCGUCUAUUUUUUGGACAUUUAAUUAGUUUGGUCUCACCACACCACCACUAUCUCAGUAGUGCAAUCAAAGUAUUUUGUUUCAUUUGUGGUAAAGGAUUCUCAUCAGAGUUAAUACAGAGUUGCUUUAACAAUGAAAUGUGUUGGGAUUGAAUUAUGAGUUGUUAACGUUGAUGCUGUGAACUGUUGUUUUACAGAACGAUGACCUCUGAUCUCCUACACAUGGGAACUAGGAGACAUCCAAGCCUGCUCCGGAUAUCCCUCCUGCUCCUUCUUCUUCAUGCAGCCAUAGGUGAGGUCUUAUAUACAGUAAGCAACACUGUACAUGAGAAGCACACCUUUUGAGAACACAAUCCAAAGGUUGUACUGAGAGACCAUUGAGGAAUGUCUCAGUCUGUUUAGCUGUCUACAGAGGGAAUCUGAGAAACCCCAUCCUACUGUUAGGCUGGAGAAGUCUGACAUGCCAGUCACUCAGCAUUACCUGGAAUCAACACACACACAAUGCCUCAUACCUCCCAAUUAUAGAAAAACCUGCUAGUCUGGUUCGAGUCUCACCUGCGACUUAACGCCCAGAAAUGUCACAAGGAUGUUGUUAUUCAACACACACUUUAGAUGGAAACAAUGAGUAAUACUGAGGCCGAGAGGUAGGGAGGAAGAAGAGUUAGGAAGAAGAGGUAGGGAGGAAGAAGAGGAAAAGAGAACUGUUGAGAAAAGAGGAAGGAGUGGGUGGUUUUUAUUGUAGUGUAUGGAGAAAGGCCUGUUAUCAACAGCCAGUCGACUGUUAACAGUAGGCUUUUACUGGCCAUUCUGGCUGGUGCAUUGUUCACUGAUCUUGUUGCCACAGACUGUCUGUCGGGCUCCCUGAUCUGGGGAAGUAGCCUUGUGUCUAAUGUUGUCAUUACACUGACCGAUGUUGACUUCUCUGUUUCUGUUCUCAGGACAUUCCUUUGCACAAACAUCUCAACCUCCACCCUUCUCAACCCAUCCUCCAUCUUUACCUCCACAAAGUGCACCGCUUAUAACAACUAUAUCAACUACACCGACUACAACCAUAUCAACUACAACGACCAAACCUUCUCCAACAACUACAACCAUAUCAACUACAACGACCAAACCUUCUCCAACAACUACAACCAUAUCAACUACAACGACCAAACCUUCUCCAACAACUACAACCAUAUCAACUACAACUACCACACCUUCUCCAACAACUACAACCAUAUCACUACAACUACCACACCUUCUCCAACACUACAACCAUAUCAACUACAACUACCACACCUUCUCCAACAACUACAACCAUAUCAACUACAACUACCACACCUUCUCCAACAACUACAACCAUAUCAACUACAACUACCACACCUUCUCCAACAACUACAACCAUAUCAACUACAACUACCACACACCUUCUCCAACAACUACAACCUAUCAACUACAACACCACACCUUCUCCAACAACUACAACCAUAUCAACUACAACUACCACACCUUCUCCAACAACUACAACCAUAUCAACUACAACUAACCACACCUUCUCCAACAACUACAACCAUAUCACUACAACUACCACACCUUCUCCAACAACUACAACCAUAUCAACUACAACUACCACACCUUCUCCAACAACUACAACCAUAUCAACUACAACUACCACACCUUCUCCAACAACUACAACCAUAUCAACUACAACUACCACACCUUCUCCAACAACUACAACCAUAUCAACUACAACUACCACACCUUCUCCAACAACUACAACCAUAUCAACUACAACUACCACACCUUCUCCAACAACUACAACCAUAUCAACUACAACUACCACACCUUCUCCAACAAAUACAACCAUAUCAACUACAACUACCACAUCUCCUCCAACAACUACAACCAUAUCAACUACAACUACCACACCUUCUCCAACAACUACAACUGUAUCAAUUACAACUACCACACCUUCUCCAACAACUACAACAACAACAUCCACACCCACAUCAACUACAACAACAACACCUCCUCCAACAACUACAACAACUACACCAACAACAUCCACACCAACCACAACCACAUCAGCUAGAACAACCACACCUUCUCCAACAACAUCCACACCAACUACAACCACAACAACUACACCAACAACAUCCACACCAAUCACAACCACAUCCAGUACAACAGUGUCUACCACCCCAAAUACUUUAGCAUCAAUCAUGUCACAUACUAACACAACAACUACACCAUAUCCCACCACAUCAGCUAUAACCACAACACCUGCAGCUCCAUCAACCAUCCCAUCCACAGCCACAUUAACCACUACAGACAUUUCUUCAUCUAACACUCCAAACACGUCAGCAGUCUCAGUGCCCAUGUCUAAUGCAACAACCCCACCCCUCACAUCCCUUACAACCCCUCACCCAUCACCACUGCACACUGCCUCAUCCAACAUGACUAAUGAACCAAUGAUGUCCACCAUGCCAUAUCCAUCCACUAUUCUGCACUCAACCUCGCCCAUCAUAACGUCCACUGCCAACAGUAAAUUAGACAAUACUUACUACAGUAUGUUAAAAUCUCAUCAUUCAAUGACACUCAUUGUACAGUCAGACUCAGCAAGUGAAUGGACUCCUGUCUCUCCAUUUCAGUGACCUCUAAAAAUAACACUCCUCCAGGACACUCCACACCUUUGCCAACAACAUUCACCUCUAAUGCCAGUACAGGUAAGUCAACAGCCUUAGUAAUGGUGGAGGGGUGUAACACAAAGAGUAAUCAUACUAUUGACUGUAUGUGAGAUUAAGUCGCUGUAUAAUAGAGGAGUUUGUGUGGAGCUACAGAUGUAGGAUCUUAAUUUGAGCCAGUUUGCUACAGCGGGAAAAUAAUCCUGCAGCAACAGGAAAUGUGAAUUAUUAUGUGGAUUAUAAUUAAUGUACAUUUCUUGUAGGGGUUGGUCAAUUUUUUUGUUAGGGCAAAUCAAGUCUGACAUUUUAAAGUGGAAAUUACCAACUUUAGAAGCCUUUUUAAACCUCGAAAUACACUACAAGUUUGCAUUUCCUGCUCUCCAGGAAAAUUAUCUGUAAGUGUUGCAUUGGUUUGCACUGAUCCUCACAUAUCUCCUCUCCCCUCUCUGUUUCAGAGUCAGCAGAGGUACAUUGUAACUUCUCACAGCUCUGUGCCAAUCAGUGUACGUUUAAUGAAUCAUGUUUAUAAUAUGAAUAUAUGAUAUUGAGGCAUUAGUCUUUCAUGUCCACUGGUAUUGUACUUGCACGUUACGUUAUUUUUUUUUGGGGGGGGGGUAAGAAAUGUGCUAUAUAAAUAAAGUAUGAUUGAUUGAUUGAUUUGAAAUGUACGAUGAAAUCCAAUGUAAUGUGUAUGUUUAACAGCCGUGUACUACUGGAUGAUCCUUGCGGUGGAGGUGACUGGAGACCUGAAGAAUGAGUCGGACAUCAGUGGCUGGGUAGGCCACAGGAAUGUGAAUGAAACCUGAUUGACUGAUGUGUGAUGAAUCGUGUUGAAACUGUACAUUUGUUUAGUUAUACAGUUGAAGUCGGAAGUUUACAUACACUUAGGUUGGAGUCAUUAAAACUCAUUUUUCAACCACUCCACAAAUUUAUUUUUAACAAACUAUGGUUUUGGCAUGUCGGUUAGGACAUCUACUUUGUGCAUGACACAAGUAAUUUUUCGAACAAUUGUUUACAGACAGAAUAUUUCACUCAUAAUUCACUGUAUCACAAUUCCAGUGGGUCAGAAGUUUACAUACACUAAGUUGACUGUGCCUUUAAACAGCUUGGAAAAUUCCAGAUGAUGAUGUCAUGGCUUUAGAAGCUUCUGAUAAGCUAAUUGACAUCAUUUGAGUCAAUUGGAGGUGUACCUGUGGAUGUAUUUCAAGGCCUACCUUCAACCUCAGUGCCUCUUUGCUUGACAUCAUGGGAAAAUCAAAAGAAAUCAGCCAAGACCUCAGAAAAAGAAUGGUAGACCUCCACAAGUCUGGUUCAUCCUUGGGAGCAAUUUCCAAAUGCCUGAAGGUACCGUGUUCAUCUGUACAAACAAUAGUACGCAAGUAUAAACACCAUGGGACCACGCAGCCGUCAUACCGCUCAGGAAGGAGACGCGUUCUGUCUCCUAGAGAUUAACGUACUUUGGUGCGAAAAGUGCAAAUCAAUCCCAGAACAACAGCAAAGGACCUUGUGAAGAUGCUGGAGGAAACAGGUACAAAAGUAUCUAUAUCCACAGUCCUAUAUCGACAUAACCUUAAAGGCCGCUCAGCAAGGAAGAAGCCACUUCUCCAAAACCGCCAUAAAAAAGCCAGACUACGGUUUGCAACUGCACAUGGGGACAAAGAUCUUACUUUUUGGAGAAAUGUCCUCUGGUCUGAUGAAACAAAAAUAUAACUGUUUGGCCAUAAUGACCAUUGUUAUGUUUGGAGGAAAAAGGGGGUGGCAGCAUCAUGCUGUGGGGGUGUUUGCUGCAGGAGGGACUGGUGCACUUCACUAAAUAGAGGGAAUCAUGAGGAAGGAAAAUUAUGUGGAUAAAUUGAAGCAACAUCUCAAGACAUCAGUCAGGAAGUUAAAGCUUCGUUGCAAAUGGGUCUUGACCCCAAGCAUACUUCCAAAUUUGUGGCAAAAUGGCUUAAGGACAACAAAGUCAAGGUAUUGGAGUGGCCAUCACAAAGCCCUGACCUCAAUUCUAUAGAAAAUGUGUGGGCAGAACUGAAAAAGCGUGUGCGAGCAAGGAGGCCUACAAACUUCACUCAGGUCUGUCAGGAGGAAUGGGCCAAAAUUCACCCAACUUAUUGUGGGAAGCUUGUGGAAGGCUACCUGAAACGUUUGACCCAAGUUAAACAAUUUAAAGGCAAUGCUACCAAAUACUAAUUGAGUGUAUGUAAAUUUCUGACCCACUGGGAAUGUGAUGAAAUAAAUAAAAGCUGAAAUAAAUCAUUCUCUCUACUAUUAUUCUGACAUUUCACAUUCUUAAAAUAAAGUGGUGAUCCUAACUGACCUAAGACAGGGUAUUUUUACUAGGAUUAAAUGUCAGGAAUUGUGAAAAACUGAGUUUAAAUGUAUUUGGCUAAGGUGUAUGUAAACUUCCGACUUCAACUCUACAUCAAAUGUGACAGCAUUGUUUUCCUUUUUCAGUUAUGGGCUCUAUUUCAUUCUCACUUGGACACCUGUGAGCCCUACAAGCCUGAACAAGCAAAUGGAACAAACUCGACUGACACACUGCAAACCACCUCUGUCAGUCCAACAUAUCCCACCCCCUACAACAUGACAACACUAUCCCAGAACUUCAUCAACUUCAGCAUGACAACCUUGACAACAAACAUGACAACUAUGCUUUACAAUAGUAUUAGUACUCCCUCACACAACCAUAGCAUGACAACUCUUUCUCCCAGCUAUACCAUGUCCCCCAACUGGCCCCAUAGCACCACAAGGUAAAGUAUUUUGUCACACGUCAUUAUUGUUCGUUAUGAUUUAUACCGUAGAUGUGCAGAAUAUUAUGUUUGAAUAUCAACAAAACAAAUAUAUUCUAAAGCUAACUCUGUUUAUUCACUGUCUGUUCUUCAGUGAAGCGCAUGAAGGUGGAAAUAUGACUGCUGCCAGCCUGUUUCAAGUAAGACUAGAUCUCUCUCCAGACAAACCUGCCUUAAUGUGCAUGUGAACAAUAGAGGGUACUUUUUCUUUGUCUGUGAAAGUAUGUGAGUUGAAUCAAAACUCUUAUCUUUACAGGACAUUGAGGUGACGUGUGUCAAUAAAACAGGGAUCAGGUUAGUUAACCUCACAGGCGGCUGGUGGCCCCUGAAUUGGGGAGGACGGGCUCAUAGUAAUGGCUGCAAUGGAAUUAAUGGAAUGGUAUCGACACAUCAAACACACGGUUUCCUUGUGUUUGAUACCAUUCCAUUCACUUCAUUCCAGUCAUUAAUAUGAGCCGUCCUCCCCUCACCAGCCUCCUGUGGUGGAAAUACCUCCACUAAUUUCAAUACUACAGUUCAGCAUCAUGUGUCCUGCACCACACCUUAAUAUUGCCCCAAAACCUCCAGGAGGACUAGGUGCACUGUGCUGCUGCAGACGAGGAAGCCAACGUUUCCCUGUUGUUUUCAGCGGGCCCUGUGGCUGGGUCAGGAGAACAGCACCAUACAAACCAAUAUAGUGGGAAAUAGAGUGGAGAGAGUGGGUGAGUCGCAUUGACCCUAAUGUGAGUCUGAAAUCUCUCACAGGAAUGUACAUUUAUCUGAGCCUGACGUCUGUUGCUUGUUGCUUCUAGGUAAAGGUCUGUGUGCAGGCCAACUGCCGCCAAGUAAUGGUUUUGCAAAGUGCAACGGCUUCCUCAAUGGCACCCUCCCUCUUCCAGACACGUGUCACACUCCAGAGCCUGUCAAUAUCUCAUGGUAAGUUGGAUGUCACUCUGGAAAAGUAAAUACUAUGCUGCUGUUUCUGUGUUUUGUAGCAUUUCUAUAGUAUCAAUAGGGUAUACAGUGCCUUCGGAAAGUAUUCAGACCUCUUGACUUUUCAACAUUUUGUUAGGUUACAGCCUUAUUCUGAAAUUGAUUAAAUUGUUUUUGUCCCUCAUCAAUCUACACACAAUACCCCAUAAUGACAAAGCAAAAACAGGUUGUAAGACAUCUUUGCUAAUUUAGAAAUAAAACCCCCGAAAUAUCACAUUUACGUAAGUAUUCAGACCAUUUACUCAGUACUUUGUUGAAGCACCUUUGGUAGCGAUUACAGCCUCGAGUCUUCUUGGGUAUGUCGCUACAAGCUUGGCACACCUGUAUUUGGGGAGUUUCUCCCAUUCUUCUCUGCAAAUCCUCUCAAGCUCUAUCAGGUUGGAUGGGGAGCGUUGCUGCACAGCUAUUUUCAGGUCUCUCCAGAGAUGUUCGAUCAGGUUCAAGUCCGGGCUCUGGCUGGGCCACUCAAGGACAUUCAGAGACUUGUCCUGAAGCCACUCCUGCGUUGUCUUGGCUGUGUGCUUAGGGUCGUUGUCCUGUUGGAAGGUGAACCUUGCCCCAGUCUGAGGUCCUGAGCGCUCUGGAGCAGGUUUUCAUCAAGGAUCGCUCUGUACUUUGUUCCGUUCAUUUUUGCCUCGAUCCUGAGUAGUCUCCCAGUCCCUGCCGCUGAAAAACAUCCCCACAGCAUGAUGCUGCCACCACCAUGCUUCACCGUAGGGAUGGUGCCAGGUUUUCUCCAGACGUGACGCUUGGCAUUCAGGCCAAAGAGUUUAAUCUUGGUUUCAUCAGACUAGAGAAUCUUGUUUCUCAUGGUCUGAGUCUUUAGGUGCCUUUUGGCAAACUCCAAGCGGGCUGUCAUGUUCCUUUUACUGAGGAGUGGCUUCCGUCUGGCCACUCUACCAUAAAGGCCUGAUUGGUGGAGUGCUGCAGAGAUGGUUGUCCUUCUGGAAGGUUCUCCCAUCUCCACAGAGGAACUCUAGAGCUCUGUCAGAGUGACCAACGGGUUCUUGGUCACUUCCCUGACCAAGGCCUUUCUCCCCCGAUUGCUCAGUUUGGCCAGGUGGCCAGCUCUAGGAAGAGUCUUGGUGGUUCCAAACUUCUUCCAUUUAAGAAUGAUUGAGGCCACUGUGUUCUUGGGGACCUUCAAUGCUGCAGACAUUGUUUGGUACCCUUCCCCAGAUCUGUGACUCGACACAAUCCUGUCUUGGAGCUCUACGGACAAUUCCUUCAACAUCAUGGCUUGGUUUUUGCUCUGACAUGCACUGUCAACUGUGGGAUCUUAUAUGGACAGGUGUGUGCCUUUCCAAAUCAUAUCCAAUCAAUUGAAUUUACCACAGGUGGACUCCAAUCAAAUUGUAGAAACAUCUCAAGGAUGAUCAAUGGAAACAGGAUGCACCUGAGCUCAAUUUCGAGUCUCAUAGCAAUAGGUCUGAAUACUUAUGUAAAUAAGGUAUUUCUGUUUACAUUUUUUAAUACAAUUGCAAACAUUUCUAAAAAACAGUUUUUGCUUUGUCAUUAUGGGGUAUUGUGUAUAUAUAUUGCAGAGGAUUUAAAAAAAUUGUAAUGUAUUUUAGAUUAAGGCUGUAACGUAACAAAAUGUGGAAAAAGUCAAGGGGUCUGAAUACUUUCCGAAGGCACUGUACAUCCUCUCAUAUGAACAUGUUGUAUCUUACAGUGGGCAUGCAGGGACUGUUUACGUACCUCUUGGGAAUCAAACCCAAAUGAACUGUGGCAUGCCCCCUAAACCCCCAAUCGGUAAAAACUAUUACAUUUUUUUCACCCUUGCUCAUUUACCCAUGUGAUAGUGUAACAUUUAAGAGGCAGACACAAUAAUUUGCCAUUUCAAACUUCAGUGGGGGUUUUAAACACAUAUUGUUAUCUAGAUUAGAUUAGAAGUUUAAUAGUCAGAUGUACAGGGUUGCAGGUGUAAUUACAGGGUACAGUGAAAGUCUUAAGCUCCAUCAAAGUGAAAUAAAAACAAUACAAUUAAUAAUAAAGAAUAUAAAUAAAUAUAAAUCAAAUAUAUACAUAUUAACACUGUAACGAUGGUGAACCCCUCUAUCUUGAUAAGUACCACAUUCCUGCUUUUCAGAGGCGGAGAUUUUCUGCAACUGCUCCGCUUAUUGCUAUGGUAAAGGUAAAUGCAAUAUUUACAAAUAAACAGAUCAUUUUGGGCACCGAGUGGCGCAGCGGUCUAAGGCACUGCAUCUCAGUGCUAGAGGCAUCAUUGCAGACCCUGGUUUGAUUCCGGGCUGUAUCACAAUCCGGCCGUGAUUGGGAGUCCCAUAGGGCCCAGUGUCGUCCGGGUUUGGCCAGGGUAGGCCGUCAUUGUAAAUAAGAAUUUGUUCUUAACUGACUUGCCUAGUUAAAUAAAACAUCGAUUAGAAAAUGUCACUGAUACUGCGAUGGACCCGCUACACCUUUUCAUCUCCCACCAUUUGAUAACUCUAUCUUCCUCCCUCUCUGUUUAGCUGCAUACUAUACCUUGGGUAUACAGAUCAAAGAUCCUGCUAUGAAUAUUUCAAACAUCUUAUAUAUGGUGAGUUGUUUCUGUUGUGUCACCUGUUUGUGAGUGUUUGUGUGCAUAUAUCUGUGUGUGUGUGUGUUUGUAAUUUUAUGCAUGUGUGUGUGUGUGUGUGCGCGCGCUGUGUUCCCUAGAUUGAUCAGCUAAAAAAACCUUCACCCUGCACCAACACCUCAGAGACACAGUAUGUCCUUUUCAUCUGUUUUAAAACUGUUUUCUCUCUGCUUAACGUCAAUAUGCUCACACUUUCCAAUUAGAUCAUUACAGCGUAAAUUAAGCCCAAUAGUACAUAUAGCGCCAUACCUUGCUACACUACGUUUGAUAUUUUUUCUGACGUAAUUCUCUGUUACAGUUCUCCCUGUCCCCCCAUCAUAUCAACUAUCUACCAGGUAAUUUUACAUUGAGAUAAUACCCCAACCCCACAAUGAGCUUUCAUUGUUUUAUGUUUCUCUGUAAAGAAACCAUAUGCUAACUUAUUGACACAGUCUUGGGGUGACAUCAUUUGAAACCUUAUGAGCUAUUCUGUGUUGUUUUCACACAGGAUGCUCAUGUGGAAUGUAGUGGCGUAAAUACCAAGUGAGUUCCUGUACUCCUUGCAGGCCAAAAACUUCUACAGUACAUUCAAGACGGCCCUUUAUGUGGAGUGAUGAGGGUGGUGUGACCUAUUAAUAACUAUACCAUCACUGUUUUCCUACCAGUCUCCAAAGCUGCAGGGUUAUCGUGCGCCUUGACCAUUCGGUGCCUAUAUGUACAGUCAGUACUGCAUUGAUGAAUCUGUUCAAUGAUAAGCCUGGUAUUGGCUAUAAUGGAACGGUGACGCGAGCGGGUGAGUAGCCAUACCAUGGAUGGUGAAAGCAUCUGUGUAUUUAUUCAUAUAUACCCUUGCAACGCCAAGGUUGUGGGUUCAAUUCCCACGGGGGGCCAGUAUGCACUCACUAACUGUAAGUCGCUCAGGAUAAGAGCGUCUGCUAAAUGACAAAAAUAUUUUAAAAAAUACACAUUAUACAGUUUGUGUUUCUGACUGUUUGUGUUCAUAUUUCACACAGCCAUUUGUGGCUGGCCAGGAUCCAGUGGAGGUCUAUUGAAUUCGACCUUCAUGUGGAAGGAGAUCAACCUCAACCCCACUAUGUUCUGUGAGGUUGAAAAUACAUAUGACGUCAUCAGCUGGUCAGUUCAGUCUCUCUUUGUGUGUUUCAAAGACAGCAAAACCUUGUUACACAUUUUGUAAUUGUGUAAAACACUAAAUGAUGGAGAGUAAGCACAUUGCACAUUGUUAUUUGUACAUUGAAGUUAUAUAGCUAUUUAUAAAUCGAGCUCUGAAUGUUGAUUGGCUGAAAGCUCAGUUGGUAGAGCAUGGCGCUUGCAACGCCAAGGUUGUGGGUUCGAUUCCCACGGGGGGCCAGUAUGAAAAAUGUAUGCACUCACUAACUGUAAGUCGCUCUGGAUAAGAGCGUCUGCUAAAUGACUAAAACAUUUUUUUUUUUAUAUGUAUAUCAGACCGUAUACCAUGGGUAUGACAAAAAUACUUUUUACUGUUCUAAUUACGUUGGUAACCAGUUUAUAAUAGCAAUAAGGUACCUCUGUGUCACGACUUCCGCCGAGGCUGCCUCCCCUCCUUGUUCGGGUGGGUGAUUCUGUGAUGAGGUGGUGUUGAAGAAGUCAGGAGCAGGAGGGUAAAUCACAGAAUAACAGGCUUUAAUCCGCAAAAUACAGGUUUACGCAGAAAUGCGUCAAACACACUCCAGGGCACAAGGCAUACAGGAACACAGGAAAAACUCCCGUCGAUACACAAUACACAACCUCCACCGAGCUUCACAAACCUCCACAAUAAACAAUCACCCACACAGACAAGGAAGCAGAGGGAACACUUAUACCAUGACUAAUGAGGGAAUAAGGACCAGGUGUGUGUGAUUGAAGACAAGACAAAUGGAGUGAUGAUAAAUGGAUCGGCAGUAGCUAGUAAGCCGGUGACGCCGAACGCCGAAAUCUGCCCGAACAAGGAAGGGAGGCAGCCUCGGCGGAAGUCGUGACACUCGGGGGUUUGUGGUAUAUAGCCAAUAUACCACGGCUAAGGGCUGUAUCCAGGCACUCUGCAUUGCAUUGUGCAUAUGAAAGCCCUUAUCUGUGGUAUAUUGGCCAUAUACCACACCUCCUCUGGCCUUAUUACUUAAAUAUAUAAUCGACUAUAUGCACUGAAGAUCUACAUUUAUCUGUCCCUUUCUCUGUUUAGCAAACAAGGGGAAAAUGUGUGUGUGCUCCUGAAUGAAACGUGCGACCCCAUGCCUCCUACUACUUCACCCAACACAAUGGCUAACACCUUUUUACCUGCAACAACGAUACUGUCUCCUCCACCCACUAACACGAUACAGCUAAACACCUCCUCCCUCCCAUUGUACACAACAUUAGCUCCGCUAAACACCACUUCUACAGCUCCAAAUACUACAUUAUCAGCUCCAAAUACAACCAUUGCCACGACGACCCUGGGUAAUACCACUACAAACCCAUCAACACCCAUCAUUCCACCAGUGAAUCACACAACAGCUUCCCCAAAGUACACCACGACAGCUGUAAUAACAACAACCACUGCAGGUAACCCCCGGGAUAUUAUCCCAAGCUGAUCUCUGAAUUACCUGGGCCAUAGCUGCCACUGCCACAUUCAUUUACAUUUAAUAUUUAGAGCCAAAGUCAAAGUUCCCCUCUGAUAACGUCCUUGUUUUUAUUAUGGAUCCUUCUCCUCACAGCGCCCAACACCACAGCAGCCAGUAGUGUAGAGCAGGCCAACCAGCUGCUGGAUCUGACUAGUAACGUGUCCAAGCUCAACUCCUCCCAGGUGGACCAGCUGGUGUCCCAGCUGGAGGCCCUGCUGGCCGGGCCCAAUGUCAGCCUGGCUCUGGGGCAAACCUCUGUCAAGAUUGUUAGCAACCUGCUGGGUGCCUCCUCUGGCACUCUGGCUUCCUCCUCCACCAAGUGAGCUGCCUGGAGAUAAACAAUCUACUGUUGUGCUGCCUGUUGAGCUGCCUGUUGAGCUGCCUGUUGAACUGCCUGUUGAGCUGCCUGUUAGCUGCCUGUUUAGCUGCCUGUUAGCUGCCUGUUAGCUGCCUGUUUAGCUGUACCAUAAAUUAUUACUUAUACAAAGCCUGUAAAGAGACUGUGACAACAUUUUCUUAAAACCGGAAGAAAUCUUAGCAAUGGCCUUGACCAGCCUGCACAUCAGAAUAACAGUUGAUUUUUCUACCAGGAUCAUUGGGAUUGUUGAUACGGUGGGCCUGAAGCUGGUCGUUCAGCAAGAGGCUACAAUUUUAACUAAGUCGGUUGCUGUUGCUGUCAAAACAGUGGACGGCACUAAUUUCCAGCAAACAUCUUUCUCCAUCCCGGACCCUAACAAUGUACAGGUAUGACCUAAACCUUCCAGUAAGGAAACACUGAAUAGCAAAUACUGUAGCCUCGGUUGCCGUCAAAAUAUAUGCAAAAGUAAUGUAGGACAUCCUUCACUCUACAUGAAUGAUAUUUGCACUCUACCGCAUGUCUGGUACGAUGUGGUAUGUAGAUAGACACAUAACUCCUGUUUAUUGCUACAUGUUAACCAUAGAGAAAUGUGUCCCCUCCAGAUCCGUGGAGGCGGCAGAGCCAGGAGAAGUGUGAGAGCCGAGGAGGGUUCCCUUCCUCAGGGCUCCGUCACGUUUCCCUCCUCCCUCACAGCGAACCUCUCCCCUGAGCAGCAGCUACAGGCCUCCAGACUCCAGUUCAACUUCUACCAGAAGAGCACUGUGUUCCAGGUGCUUUACCUGCUCCUCUGUAUUCAAUACUGUCCCAACCUAUUGCCAAGCCUAAACCUCCAUUGCUACUUAAGCAUCCCUUGCUAUUUAUGUAGAUAUGAUGACUGAAUAAAUGUCACAUAAAUUGGUAAGAAAUGAAGAACUGUGACACCCUAGUAAAAUAUUGUAUAGUAAUUGGAUAGUAUUCUUUCCAUGCCGUUCCUCAGGACCGAGCCCUGGGAGACAGCAGGCUGUACAGUGGGAUCUUGGGAGCCAGUGUGGCGAACCUGUCAAUCAAAUCUCUGCAGGAGGACGUGGUGAUCACCCUGAGAAACACUGAGCCCGUCCCAGUGAGUCAAACAAACACACUGUGCAUUCAUCUAGUCCAUUUUUCCCUAUGUCAAGGAUGGGACAUCUGGAGAAAGUAUUUCAUGUCAGUCACCUUGUUGACAAUCCUUGACACCCUGUCUUCUCUUCAUCAUUUGUCUACACAGGCUAAUUUUGUGGUUUCAUGUGCUUUCUGGGACUUUGGCUUGAAUGGUAAGUGUUCCUCUUGUGUCUCCCAAAAUGAAAUUAAGACUACCUCUGACAAUUGACAGGCAUUAAAGAAUUUUAAAAACAAUUUCUGGUAGGUGGCUCAGGAGGCUGGAACCGAGACGGCUGCUCUGUCCGGAACAGCACAGAUAAUGAGACCGUCUGUGCCUGCAACCAUCUCACCAGCUUUGGUGUGCUACUGGUGAGUCCUUUCUGAGACAGGGUUGCUAUGUGAUCUCUCCCAUUCAGUCUUUGUCAACAAUGGAGGACUUAUUUUUAGAAUAAUUCCAUGUGUACAACAUGUUUUUUGUCUUUCUUCUCCCAGGACAUCUCCAGAACGGGCAUAACCAAUCGUCUCCAGGCCACAAUCCUCACCUACAUCACCUACAUCGGCUGUGGUAUCUCCGCCAUCUUCCUCUCCAUCACUCUGCUCACCUACCUGGCCUUUGGGUGAGUCUGAGCCCCUUGUGAUCAGCGCAGUAUAUCCAUGAUGACACCCACCUGGAGAUCUAAAUACAAAGACAUAUAAACAAGCUCUAAUCAAUGUAAUACCAAUCGUAAUUCCUUUCGUGGUGUUCCUUUAGGAAACUGCGUAAGGACAUGCCAUCUAAGAUCCUGAUCCAGCUGUGUGUGGCUCUGUUGUUCUUAAACCUGGUGUUCCUGGUGGACUCCUGGCUGGCCCUCUACCCUGAUGCUGUUGGCCUGUGCAUCUCCACCGCCUGGUUCCUACACUACUUCCUGCUGGCCUCCUUCACCUGGAUGGGCCUGGAGGCCGUCCACAUGUACCUGGCCCUCGUCAAGGUCUUCAACACAUACAUAACACGCUAUAUGCUCAAGUUCUCACUCGUCGGCUGGGGUAAGUGACAAAAAUAUUCUGUGACUGUCGUCAGAGUGAAAAAAAGCCACCACGUGCUUAUAAAAAAGUAACAGUUACUUACAGUUCAAUGUAGUCUGUUGUCUCUCAUGUCAGGCGUCCCACUCCUUGUGGUCAUCGUCGUUAUUGCUGUUGAUAAGGACAACUACGGCCUUGUUGGCUACGGAAAGUACUCAGAUGGCUCCCCUACAGAUGACUUGUGAGUCCCUUGCAUUUUGUUCACUAUUUAACAUGCCAAUUUACAGUUGGAGUCUUGGUAUGAAGUGCGUGUAUAUGUGCAUCAUGACAUUUAUACCAGUAUUCGCAUCUGCAUAAUAGGAUAGCUGAUCAAUUCAAAUAUGGUCUCCUGUAUUUUAGCCCAUAUCUCUUCUCUCCUUUCCUCUCACACAGCUGCUGGCUGAAGAACAACAUUGCCUUCUACGUAUCUGUGGUGGCUUACUUCUGUGUCAUCUUCCUGUUGAACCUCAGCAUGUUUGUGGUGGUGAUGGUUCAGCUCUGUCGUAUAAAGAGUCAGAACCCCCACAACAUGAGACACCGUAACGGGCUUCAGGACCUGCGCAGUGUGCUUGGGAUCACCCUACUCCUGGGCCUCACCUGGGGCUUUGCCUUCUUCGCCUGGGGGCCCGUCAACCUGGCCUUCAUGUACCUCUUCGCCAUCUUCAACUCCUUUCAAGGUAAGAUUUAGAACUCCUCCAGAUUUGUAUUGAUUUGAAAAUGAAUUCACCAUUAAUGUUCUCAGAGAAGACACCGACACAAUGUCUGGGGAGUUUCUUGGGAAACCUGUUGCCAAGUGUGUAACAAAAAGUGUAGGUACCUGACGCUCGUGUUCUCUUCCAGGGUUCUUUAUCUUUGUGUUCUACUGUGCUGUGAAGGAGAAUGUGAGGAGGCAGUGGAGGACUUAUCUCUGCUGCGGUAGACUGAGACUGGCAGAGAACUCAGGUAAGACCUGUUGACCUACACCUUACAACAUUUUUUCCAUGUAUUUUUAUUUUGUAUUUAUUAGGGAUCCCCAUUAGUUCCUGCCAAGGCAGCAGCUACUCUUCCUGGGGUCCAAACACAUUAAGGCACUUACAUCACACAUAAAACAAAAGAUAAAACAGUACAUAUAUAACAUUAGUACACCACUACAUAUCUACAAUACAAAAUGUAUAAUACCACCAUACAACAAUAUUACAAUGUAUGUGUGUGUAGAGUGUGUGUGCUAGUGUUUGUGUGUGUAUGCGUGUGUCUGUACCUGUGUGUGUGUCUCUUCACAGUCCCCUCUGUUCCAUAAGGUGUAUUUUUAACUGCUUGCAUCAGUUACCUGAUGUGGAAUAGAGUUCCAUGUAGUCAUGGCUCUAUGUAGUACUGUGCACCUCCCAUAGUCUGUUCUGGACUUGGGGAUUGUGUAGAGACCUCUGGUGGCAUUUCUUGUGGGGUAUGCAUUGGUGUCCGAGCUGUGUGCUAGUAGUUUAAACAGACAGCUCGGUGCAUUUAGCAUGUCAACACUUCUUACAAAAACAAGUAGUGAUGAAGUCAAUCUCUCCUUCACUUUGAGCCAUGAGAUAUUUACAUGCAUAUUAUUAAUGUUAGCUCCGUGUACAUUUAAGGGUCUGCCCUGCUGCCAUAUUCUAAGCCAAUUGUAAUUUUCCUAAGUCACUCUUUGUGGCACCUGACCACACGACUGUCCAGGUGUGACAAAACUAGGGCCUGUAGGACCUGCCUUGUUGAAAGUGUUGUUAAGAAGGCAGAGCAGCGCAUUAUUAUGGACAGACUUCUCCCCAUUUUAGCUACUGUUGUAUCAACAUGAUUUGACCAUAACAGUUUACAAUCCAGGGUUACUCCAAGCAGUUUAGUCACCUCAACUUGCUAAAUUUCCACAUUAUUCAUUACAAGAUUUAGUUGAGGUUUAGGGUUUAGUGAGUGAUUUGUCCCAAAUACAAUACUUUUAGUUUUUGAAAUAUUUAGGACUAACUUAUUCCUUGCCACCCAUUCUGAAACUAACUGCAGCUCUUUGUUAAGUGUUGCUGUCAUUUCAGUUGCUGUAGUAGCUGACGUGUAUAGUGUUGAGUCAUCCGCAUACAUAGACACACUGGCUUUACUCAAAGCCAGUGGCAGGUCAUUAUUAAAGAUUGAAAAAGGGGGCCUAGACAGCUGCCCUGGGGAAAUGCUGAUUCUACCUGGAUUAUGUUGGAGAGGCUUCCAUUAAAGAACACCCUCUGUGUUCUGUUAGACAGGUAACUCUUUAUCCACAAUAUAGCAGGGGGUGUAAAGCCAUAACAUACGUUUUUUCAGCAGCAGACUAUGAUCGAGAAUGUCAAAAGCCGCACUGAAGUCUAACAAAACAGCUCCCACAAUAUUUUUAGCGUCAUUUUCUCUCAGCCAAUCAUCAGUCAUUUGUGUAAGUGCCGUGCUUGUUGAAUGUCCUUCCCUAUAAGCGUGCUGAAAGUCUGAUGUCAAUUUGUUUACUGUAAAAUAGCAUUGUAUCUGGUCAAACACUAUUUUUCCCAAAUUUUUACUAAGGGUUGGUAACAGGCUGAUUGGUUGGCUAUUUGAGCCAGUAGAGGGGGCUUUACUAUUCUUGGGUAGCGAAAUGACUUUUGCUUCCCUGAAUUAAGAUAUUUUAUGUAAUUUAAUGUGAGAGGUUUUAAUUAACUCUUGUUUCAUCACAGACUGGAGCCGUACGGCUACACAGAAGACGGGGAAGAAGUCAUUGUCAGUGACCAGAGCCACAUCUCUCCGCUCCUACAACUCCUCCCAGUUCAAUCAUUCCUCCAGCUCCUCCUUCUUGACUGGUGACUCCCCAGAGCGGCCCAGUGGAGCAACAGGUAGGCAAGGGGAUCCAGAGAGGGGGAAUCAGGGAUUACUAACAACCAAUAUGGGUCAGACAACAAUAGAGAAAUACUUUUUGUAUAUGCUGAUCUACUUUCUGCCCCUGAUAAAGCAUUACAUCAUAUUAAACCUCUGUAUGCAGAGGAGGGGAUGGCUUAGCAAGCCUUCAUCUCCAUCUCACUGAUGACCUAUGUAACCUCUGAAAUAUCUGUGACAGGCUCUGAGAUGACCUUUGCCCUUUGACAUCAUUUUACCCAGAAUUGGAGCUAGCCGUACAGUUUGAGCUUCGACCACGGCUAUAGCGCCUCACUUCUUUUAGCCUCUUACUGAUGGUGCACAGUAUCUGCUGUGUGUUUGUUUGCAACAGUGUGUGAGAGUGUGUGUGUCUAUGUGUGUGACACUUUACAGCAGGAUUUAGUCAGCUUAACCCAUCCAAUCAAAUAGUGACUAUCUAACUGUAGCCCCGCCCAUGUGCCUGGCUCAGCUGCUGGCUGCCAGCUGGCUCUGAUUCCACCAGUCACGUGUGUCUCUGCUCUCUUGUUGCUUGUUUAUCUGCUCUUGGUCAUGAAAAUGGCCUUUCAUCCAUUCUGCUGCCAGAUGUCUGAAAGAAUGUCAUACAUUUAGUUAUAAACAGUGAAUCACCAGAAUAAUUUGUCCCUUGAAUAUAGGAUACUCGAAGCCUACCCUUACGGAAAAACCACAUGAAUUUACACAACUACACGUCAAAACAUGAUGUGUUCUAAAAACACAUGAUUUCACAUGAAAUUUCACACGUGAAAUCAUGUGAUUCUCCACAAGUGAAAUCAUGUUGUUUUGCUGUAAGGGUAUCCACCGUGAUUUACUUUCCUUAUACGUGGUCCUUUAAUGUAGAGUUCAUCUCAGAAAUACCCCUCUAAGGAUUUCAAUGCAGUAACGUGUGUACAGAAUAAGCUGUAACUCCGAUGUAUCCCAUUUCAGAAAGUCCAUUUGACGACAGAACCAUCACAGCCCUUGAGGAGCUCAACUCAGACGUGGUCCUCAACGAGGUGAACAGCCAAUUCAGGACUCAGAGUCAGAGAGCACCCUGAGUCCUGGGAAACACUAGGCCUAGGGUAGGCUGGUGAGGAACGGACUUACGUGAGACAGUGUGUUUCAUAUUAUUUUCUACGUUUAUAUUAAAUAUUUGAAUGUUAAUGCUGCAUUUAGUAGUUUAAUGGAAGUGUGUGACAGACCACACUGAAGAGAUGGGACAUCACCAAAGAGCCAGCAUGCUCAUGGAUUUCGUCUAGUUGACCUACCAGUACUAUCAUGAACUCGUCUGGGCUGGCACCUAUGAUUGUGAAUAUCAAUACAUGUACUGAAAAGGUAUCUACAGUAGCACAGAGGAAAAACCCAACUGAUAGAUCCUCAUGAGCUGCAUCCUUUGACUGCAUACUACAUGCUUUCUUGUUUUUCUCCACAUUAUUCAGAGGCAUAAGCUAACGCAUAUUAACACUCUGUCACUACCUGGUUUGAUUUAAUUUAAGAUAAAGGCAAAGCUCUUUUAUACUAUACUCAGAAUCAAGAUAUUUCCAUGAGAUAUUUAAGCAAUAAGGCCCGAGGGGGUGUGGAAUAUG